AAAAUUAAAGAUAUUAUAACCAUGUGCUUUUGCUUAUUAUACAGGCUUUACUUAACCAGACUAGGUAGAAACAGACAUUACAGACAGCUAAGAGGUAUUGAAACCCCUCAUGUUGAUCCCUACCAAAGUUUGCAUUUUGGCGAGGAAGGCAAGGGGAUAGAGAUCAAGGUCGUCCCAUAUCUUGAAGACAAUUACGGCUAUAUUGUAAUUGAUGAAGUCACUGGAGAUGUUGCCCUUGUAGACCCAGCAGAUCCUGAUACUUUUGAUGAAUAUUUAGAAAAAUAUUUGUCUCUUGGAGAGAAAAACCAGGAAGAACAGAAGUUUGAGAAAGAAAGGAAUGGUAAAAUGAUAGUCUUGACUACACAUAAGCAUUGGGACCACGCAGCUGGAAACCUCCAGAUCCAAGAAAAGUUUCCAGAAGUAGAAAUCUAUGGCAGCAAGCAGGACCAAGUGGAGGGCUGCACUAACUUUGUGGAUGAUGGAGAUAUCAUCAAGUUUGGCAAUGGAUACGAGAUUGAAGUGAUCUUGACACCUUGACACACAGUUGGUCAUUCCGUAUAUGUAAUCAGAGGAGUUGGGGAUGAAACAAUAGCUUUCACAGGAGAUUUUCUAUUCAUGGGCUCCUGUGGAAUGUUUUUCGAAGGAACUCCAAGACAAAUGCAGCAAUGCUUUGACAAAUUCUUGGAUAGAUGCCCACCAGAGACUAAAUUACUCUAUGGUCAUGAAUAUGCUCUUGAUGAUUUGAAAUAUGCAGCCUUUGUAGAUCCUGAAAAUGAAGCAGUGCAUAAGAUGCUUGAAGAAGUUGAGCAAAAGGUGGAAAAUAGAGAGAUUUGCCUUCCAGGAACCCUUGCUGACGAGCUUACAUUUAACCCAUUCUUAAGAGCUGAUACUGAAAUCUUACAAAAGCGAACUAAUACGGACGAUAAAAUCGAUUGUCUGUCUCAAUUAAGAAAGUGGAAAGACGCAAAGGAGCAUUUGAAGGAAAACACUAAGGUUAAAUUUCAAUAA